AACAAAGGAGACGGGUCACAUUCGUCAUCAGCAGGAUUUAUGUUAAAUUAGUGCGCUGCGAUUGGACCCUCUCCUCGUUUCUCGCGGCGGUCAUGUGACCCGACAGCAUCGCUCCUCUCCGCCUGCAAACAGCUGUGAGCGAGACAGUGUGCAGCAGGGCUCUUCAGAAACAUACAGUACACGAGCGGGACAAAAUGGGAGUGGAAAUCGACACCAUAACCCCCGGAGAUGGGAGGACUUUCCCCAAAAAAGGACAGACAUGUGUGGUGCAUUAUGUUGGCUCUCUAACAGAUGGACGGAAGUUCGACUCUUCCCGUGACCGUGACAAGCCAUUUAAGUUCAAGAUUGGUAAACAGGAAGUGAUCCGUGGCUGGGAGGAAGGUAUUUCGCAGAUGAGUGUGGGCCAACGUGCAACGCUGACCUGUUCACCUGAUUUUGCCUACGGUAAUAAAGGCCAUCCUGGGAUUAUUCCUCCAAAUGCGACCCUCAUCUUCGAUGUGGAGCUUCUCAGUUUGGAGUGAUUUAAUGCAUUAACAAUGCCUUGUGUUGAUUUUUGAUUAUAUUAUAAAUGUUUCAAGUGUCAAAAGAUUUAGUCUUAACAUUAGAAACUUUUCUUUAUGUCAGGCCAUAUUUUAGUCAUUCUUCUCAGAACCAGCUUUAUUCAGCAUCCCACCCCACAGUUUUGGGCAUGUUAUGUAAAGAUCUGUGCUUUAUUUUAUCAGAGUUCUCCAACAUUUUAUCUUUUGCUUUGGUCACAUUACAUCAGAAAUAAUUCUUUAGCUCCUUUAAUUUUAAUCCAACAUUCUUCCUGUCUAAUUGAUACGAUAUCACCAAAAACCUUGCAAUGUCCUUAAUCCUGAACUUGAACGCUUGAAGGAACCCUUUAGACUUCUCUUCUCUUGUGACUUUUUCUUACACUGUGAUUGUUGUUGGCUUGAGACCAAGUACAAACUUGUUAAAGAAUCGGCGACUUUAUCCCUGAAUAGUAAUCCAAAAAAAGAAAACAUAAAUAUAUCUUAAAGAUGUUAUGUUUGGAAUAUAAACAUUUGCAUAUUUAUUGCAUUGUUAUGCUUUAGAUUUAAUAAAUACAUGAAUUACAUGCAAUACUUUUUAAUGUAAUGUAUGUAAUUUUCAGUCAGUAUUGAAUUGUUAGGAUUGAACAGGCUCGCUGGUUUUAAUUAGUACAAAGAAGCAAAAUCUUGAACAAUCCUUGUGCCUCCUUGUGUGUUUGACACCUGCCAGAAUAUCACUGGUUUUGUAUAUUUACAAAGUGACCAUAUCAACUGAAAUAGUGCCAUCGUAUUACCUGAAAUCAAACUUUAUGGUGGGCUGAUUAAUACAAAUAAUGAAGUAUGAAGUGAUAACACUGCUAUUUCUGUCAGUUUGGUGAGCAACAAUUUUAUGUAUAGUUUUUGUUUAUUUUUUAUUAACAUGCAGCUAUUUGGAAAGGUUUUAAAUAUGUUUACUUUGUUCAGUGUUUGAGUAGGUGGCGCAUUUGGCACCGUAGCAAUGGUUGCAUGCCAUUCUUAGUGCUUAAGUAUUUUGUGAUCAUGUUUCACUGUUAAUUGUCGCAUCAAAUCUCAAAACCAACCAUUAACUUGCUAAUUAUUAUCUAUAAUUGAUGAGCACUUUCUGUUCUCAUAGAGAUGAAAGAAUUUGUUUCAUUGAUGGACAAAGAUGUCGGAAAAACAAAAUAAGGGGUUGUGGCUUCCUAGCACAUCGUGACCUACACUGCAUACAUUUUGAUGCUAAAUUAUUUGCAGCUAUUCAUGGAUGUUAAUGUAGGUUGCACUGCCUAGACAAUUGAUGUGAAUAUAUUGGAUGCAGAUACAGUGACAGUACUCUUUUGUAUUGACAUGGAAAUCAUUUUUAAUUUAAUAGAAAUCUGUAGACGCUUAAAUACUUGAGUGGAUGCUGGCGAUUUCUGUGAUUACAAGUCAAGCAUCAAAUAUAUGGCUUUAAUAUUUCUGUAAUGCACUGUAUAUUUAUGUAUUGUCUUAAAGACAAUAAAAUAAUUCAAAUGUG